AUAUAGAAUACGUACAACAUUGUUUUGAUGCUGUGAAAACCGAUAUGAUAAUUCAUCUAAUUGUGUUGGAAUGAACGAUUCAUAUAUCUUUUUGAAAUAAUCCGCAACAGAUGAAAACUUAUUUCAUUAUCCUAAAACCAUUGAAAUGUCAUGUCAUUUUGUGAAUUGUUCAAAUUCAUUAUACAGGUCGUCAAGCUGAUUUUUGUGGUAUAUAAGUUCAGAUAAAUAAGUACUUAAACAUUCAAUACUGUGAUAACAUAGAACUAAAUCACUUGUGGGUGAUUGGAAUUGUUCAGAAUAAGACUUUGUAAUAGAAAAGACAACAAAUAAUGGAAUAAUAAAAUCUAUAUCCAUAAUUGCUUUUAAAUAUGCUCUUGCUGAUGCACUUGUAUCAGUGUCUCCAUUCUCAAUUAGAUAUUCUAAGAAUCUACCUGUUAUAGAGAAAAGAAUCUUCAUAGAAAGUGUACAAUCGCCGAUUCGUCAACAUACUAAUCGCUAAAAAUAAUUGUUUGGCAAACACGUAUUACAAAUAUAAAAGCACGUUUGAGUCAUAGUCCAACACCAGAACGUCAAGUAACAACAGCCACAGUGGCACCCGAACCAGUUGUCUCAAAAGAAUCGACUAAUGAAGAGAAACAGACAAGAUCAGCACCAACUCAAUCUUCUACUUCUCAGCAUUCAUCUGGUACACAGCGUCGCAAGUCCACCCAUCAUCAUGUUCAUCCUUCAAGACGACCACAACAUCGACAAAGACCCAAAACACCGGUUUCAUCUUCUCCCAGCAGUCGAUCAAGAUCACACUCAACAUCACCAUCAAGAGAGAAAAGCACAUUGGAAAAGUCCAACACUUCUGUCAAUCAUAAACCGUAUCGUGACCUGGAUGAGCCUGGUGAUGACAUAAACUUUGAUAAUUUUGAUCAGUUUGGUGUGAGCGGAAUUCAAACAUUUGCAUUAAGAAGUCGUGGAUUAAAAGCAGUAUCAAAACCUUCACAACAACGCUCAACAACAUCUUAUUUGGAUUUAACGGAUAAUUUAUCAUCAAAUAUCCGUAGUCCUACACAUUCUUCAUCUAGUUUAAGUCAUUUAUCAUUAAAAGAUCGUGCUAUUAUCGAUAGUAGUAUACCGCAUGAACGUGAUCCAACAACUUUAAUUAAACAAACGGCUUCUACAAAUCAUGAAUCAUUCAAUGAACAACGAACUUUUGCAAAUUCGUUUGCUAAUAUCAAAUUUCCAUAUCCUGUUAUAAACGAUAAUCGUGAUUUAGAUACAAUAAAUCGUAUUCUAAAAUGUAGAACAAAAAUACGUUUGCAAAAACAAAUUGAAUAUGUUAAUGGACGUAUUAAAAUUGAAAAAUUAAAACGAACAAAAUGUAAAACACAACGAGAAAAGGAACAGGCAAAGAAAAAAAUGCAGUUUUUAAUUAAAGAUGUACAGAAACUUCAUUCAUUUAUGAAAACAGAAAAUAGAAAUUUUCUAAAAGAAAAUGCAACAACAUCUCAUAAUAAUUCAUUCGAACACACACAACAUUUCGAAGAAGAAAAUAAUGAUGUCGAUGUAGAAAACGAGCAAGUUGAAGAGGAGCAAUUGUCACUAAAAGAUUUAUUAAAAGUUGUUGGGAAAAAAACAAUAUUUAAUAGUGAUUCAGAAGGUGAAACUGAUAGUGACAAGAAACAAAAAUAUCAGGAUGAAGUUAUGCAACAACCACAAGUACCCGUAUGGCCAUCACAAAGUGAUACACGUACAGUACCAAAUACACAAGUAUCGGAUCCAGAUUUUGCGCAAUUACAACCGCCACGUUAUAAACGUUUCGAUAUGAUGCGGUUAUAA